AUGAUCGACGAUCUCCAACAAUACAACCUCGCGACGAGAGUGAAGGAUCUUGCGGUGGAGAAGCGCUGCUGGAGCGCCGCGCACGCUUGCUUGGGCUUCGAGACCAGCGACGAGAGAUUGAGCGAGCAGCACGACGAGUCGAGGCACAAGAUUCCUGCCAUCGACAUCGACACCGCCAAAUGUAAUCAGCCAAAGAACGAAGUGCCCUACCAGUUCAGUAAGCCCAUGAGGAACAAAAAACUCUCGAACAAGGCCAGCAAAAAGAUUGAUCAAGCUCAGCGAAAGCUAGCGCUGCGCAAAGUUGCAAAUUUGUCCUACCACAUAGAUGUUCAAGCCCGAGCCUGCCGACUGUUUGAUCCCCAGCAAGGCACAAAUAAACUCAAAAAGCUGGAGAAUAUCAUCAAGGAGGUUGUAGAACCGCUGCUACCGAUGAACGUCGAGCUCAACUACUGCAAGUUUACCUAG